UAGGGGACAUGACUGCGACCGACAUGUUGCGAAGAAGCAGAGGGGAAAGAACACUAAGGUGCGGUUGAUGAAGGGACGAGCAACCCGUACUCUAGGCCAAGAAAAGGUAAGAAAAGCUGACGCUGGCAGGGAUAGGCGCAAGACGAGGCCGUUGUCGACGAGCGCUGUUGGCUCAUGCUUCAAACGCCUCGCCGAUCUCAGCGAGAGGAGGGUGGACACCCAUGGUCCAUCUCCCGAGUGCCCGUGGUCAUCGUGGCCAAGCGACCGACAUCUCGAGGCAAAAGAGCAGCACGUUCGUAUGCAUGCUUCGCUCCGCUCGCAGGAGCAAAUAAGACAAGCUCUCGAGCGGGCAUUGCAUCGACGCAAUCAAUCUUGAGCGGGUUCAAGAUCCUCCGGUAUCGCAGAGUGAUAGUCCAGGCCCCGUUUCCAGCUCGACUCGACUCUGCGAGGGCACGCCCAUGCAAGGUACGGGUGGACCAUUGUCAUUUUGUCGUCACUCGAGGUUGCUCGCCGCACAGGCUGGCUGCGUGCUCCGGGCGAGCUCGAAGAGCAAGCGAGACGUGGGAUGCGGAUUGGCGUUUGGCGUCAAGCCCCGCGAGCCUGAGGCGGGGUCAACUCGAGAUGGCCACGCGGAGCAACAAGAAACUCGGCCUUUCGAGGUAGCGAUGUCGACGGAGGCCGGGGCAUCUCUCAUCGUGUGACUGUCAAAAGGGCCUCGGUCAGAGCAUUGCCCAAGCUGAACGCCCAGGGAAGCCGCGAAAGCCUUGGCACCUUGCGAUCAGCCCGGUGUCGAGGUCAGCUCCGAGCCA